CAAUCCUUUAACUUUAUACAUCCCUCUUCUCUCUCCUCCAAGUCCAAUCUUUGUUUCUCUCUACCUUGUACUAAAUUUGUAAAUUAGAUUCCUGUGCUCUGUCCUUUAUAAAUAACACAUUCCAUGCAUCCAAACUCCCUACACAUCCCCCAAAAUUCUCUCUUUUUCUCUCUCUCUCUCUCUCACAGAUUGUAAAAAGUGUGGUUGUGGCUGUGGGUGUAAUUAGAAAUGGCUGGAGGCCUGGAGUUCCAAACAGAACAAAAUCUCACCGCACCCACCACACGCUUAAAGCUAAAACUCUUCGGCUUCGACGUCCGGGAAGAGUUGGAAGAGGAAGAUUCUGCCAAAACCCCAACUGGGUCGUCGGAAUCCGGCGUCUUCACCCCCUCCGGCGACCGGAAAUACGAGUGCCAAUACUGCUGCCGUGAGUUCGCCAACUCCCAGGCCCUCGGCGGCCACCAAAACGCCCACAAGAAAGAAAGGCAGCAACUUAAGCGCGCCCAAUUACAAGCCACUCGAAACGCCGCCGUUGCUUACGUCAGAAACCCGAUCAUCUCCGCCUUUGCUCCUCCGCCUCACCUUCUUGCCGCCGCCGCCUCCCCGCCGCCACCCAUCAUGCUCCCCAACCCAGCCGUCGCCGGGGCGUCGUCCUGGGUCUACAUGCCGGCCGCCCGGACGCCGCCGCCGAUACAAGUGACGUCACAUGGGGCGGUGUUUCCGGCGGCGGUGGUGUCGUACGGCGGCGGGGUGGGGAACUCGAUGGCAUUGGCGGUGGGUUCUCCGGUGCACGGCCGGGCCGGGGAUGGGCUGUCGUUGAACAGAUUCCGGAAUCAGGGAGAUCAUAAUGGGGUUGAAUUUGAUGGAGCUUUUGGAUUGGAUUUGCAUCUGAGAUUGGCUCCGGCGGCGCCCUGAGUCGCCGGAAAUCAGAUCCCGAUGAUGACGUGUUAUUAUAUCGUUGUAUGAAUGAAAGUUUUCAAAAACCCUAGUGGGAAAUUAAUCAGUGUACAUUUAUUUAUUUUUUCAACUUUUAGUUUUAAUUUUUAUCA